CUCGUGGGGUCUAGCGGGAGAGAGGCCAAGAAGAGAGCAGAGGGGUGCACGUGUCUCGGAUUCCUGGAAGGAGAUGAGAGAGGCAGAGGCUUUCCCACAAGACCCACCCUGGGCAGUCCCUGGGUUUCUGUCCUGGUGAGGUCGAGAGGGAGGGAGGUGGUGAACCAAGGCCUCUGAGCAGGAUUUCCAUUUUAGAGACAACAGGAUUCUUCCUUUCUGGUCCCCUCCUUAGUUAGGGAACCCUUGCACUCUACCAAGGACUCCUUGCCCUCGGUCACCGUGCAGUCUUAUUUCCUGGAGUCUGUGUGUAGGAAACGCUUGGCUUUCAUGUCGGCUACCUCAGCACAGGCUCCCCUGGGAAUCGGGGAACAUAACCACGCAGUCCUGGGCCGUUUUCUCCUUCUGUAAACAGGUUGCACACCAGCACCCGUUACUGACCACUUCCACGUGCCACUGGGGCUCUGAGGAGGAAUGACAACUGUGGGCUGCCUGCUUAGCCUGCUGAGGCAGAGCACUGUAAAGGCAGCUGGCCCCACACCCUGUCACCUGCACACAUCUUCCUGGUGGGCUGACAGCAGCAGGGCCUCGCUUACUCGUGUGCGCCGCCAGGCCUAUGCACGCCUCUACCCAGUGUUGCUGGUCAGGCAGGAUGGCUCCACCAUCCAUAUCCGCUACAGGGAACCACGGCGCAUACUGGCGAUGCCUAUAGAUUUGGAUACCCUGUCCCCUGAGGAACGCCGGGCCAGAUUACGGAAACGAGAGGCUCACCUCCAGCCCAGAAAGGAGUACGAGGAGGAGCCCAGUGAUGACUUUGAUGUGGAGCGCUACCGGCAGUUCUGGACCAAGACCAAGAAAUGACCGUGGCUGGAUUGGCAAGAAGUUGCCUCAGGGAUCUGCUAGGACUGGAUGGUAUCUUUUGUUAAAUGACACUUUCUGGAAGCC